GCGGAAUCGAGAUUCGUCGACGUUGACGUCAUUUAUGAUGUCAUCAUCCUAGGACGUUUGGAAGAGGGAGGUACUAGAUGGGAAACACCAACGAGAAGAGUCCCCUGAAUGACGGUCUCACAGAUGAGGAGGGCGGCGUACGGUACAGCCGAAGUAACAGCCUGAUCAGCACGCGCUCUCAGAACCCGGAUGUAAACGGUCAUGUUCUACCACCUUUAGCAUUUCAGAGAGUUAGGCGAUGUCUGAUGCGUCUCCCUUUACAAGAUGGACGGCAGAUGAAGGAGGAGGCCAUAGAGAGAGUCGCCAAGCAUAUAGUCAUAGAAACCUACGACUCCGGCAAAGACAUCGUAAUGAAGGGACGACCUACUAAAGGAAUAUUCAUGAUAGUCGAAGGAAGUGCUAAGGUCAUGUCUGAAAAAGGAGAUGAAGUCCUAGCCAAUCUCGGUGAAGGGGAUUUCUUUGGAGAGAUUUCGCUGCUGUUUGAUAUUCCAUGUACCGCCAGAGUUCAGGCUGAUGCAAACUGUGUUCUGGCCCAUUUGGAACCUUCAUCCGCCAAAAGAUUGUUGCGCAAAGUUCGAAUGGAUAUUCUUGAUUGGUUUGUGUCCAGGCGGUAUCUUCCCACGUCCAAUGUCGUAGACACGGAGCGGUGUCUCCGACGCAUGACGUUUACUAGCCUCAGAUCUUGCCCAGUUUUCGAAGAUUGGGGAGAAGAUUCACUUAAAACCCUGAUCCUAAGUCUUGACCCCGCCCCGGUGGUUCUGUAUCAGCCACACACAACUGUCCUUUGUAUCAAUGACCCGCCUACAUCUAUAUACGUCAUCAUUAGGGGAAGUGCAAUCAUUCAAGACAAUCAGUCGAGAAAAUUGGUGACCAUUAAUGUUGGUAACCAAGGAGAUGACCCUGUUGUCAUUGGUGAGGAAGGACAGUAUCUUGAGAACAAAUCCAGCCUGUCCGUGACAACAAGCACCUGCUGUGAAGUCAUUUACAUCAAGGAGGAGUGGAUACUCAACACAUUGGAUGAGUACCCAAAUGAUGCCGGGGUUUCUUGGAAGCGACGAAAGACGUCUUGGAGGGCACUACUAAGCAAAAGGGAAGAACUAAAACGCAAAUAUCCUGCUCUUCUUCAGUUUGAGGUUAUUUACCAAAUGCUGAAAAAUAGCCCAGUUCUUUGUGAGUGUUCAAGUCAUUGUGUUCAGCAUCUUGCUCUAUAUGGGAAUCCUCAGGAAUACACCGUCAAUAAUUGCGCGUGCAUUUCAGAGGAAAUUAAUGCCGGUUGUCUGGUUUUAGUCUUGACUGGAGAGCUAGAACUUGUGACCGACUCCCAAAUGAGAUACGUGUAUACAGUCAGCGAGGGAGAAGUGUUUUGUCCCGGGGACUGGAUGGGAGGUGGACAGUUGGUGGCGAGGUCAGACAGUUUGACGUUCAAAGUGGACGGCAGUGUUGUAUCUGAAACCUUUGAAAAAUUCCCUAAUUGUAAAUUGCAAUUUCCCCCGGAGCCGCCAUAGAAACAUUAACUAUGUACAUAUAUAUACUGAUUAUCUAGUCGUUUUUAAACAACUGUAUCUAUAUAUACCUGUAUGUAUAAUAAAUAUAUAAAAACGGAUAACAAAAAAAAAACAACAUGUAU